GUAAUAUAUGAGAGUAUUAGACAAGGAAUUCUCAGAGCUCUUAUGUUCAGAAUGAGCAAAAUAUGAAAUUGAUGGCUAUCAUAGGAAGGAUCAUACUUGUCUGUAUUUUGUGCUGCAUACUAUUGAUGAGGCUCUCUGAGAGUCAAUCAGAUACCUUAGCACAAGGCCAAGAGCUCAAGGAUGGGAUGCAGCUUUUUUCAGCAUCUGGGAUUUUCAGGUUAGGAUUCUUCAAGCCUGGGGAUGUAAGUAACUCUUACUUAGGCAUAUGGUACAACAGAAAUAAUGAAAAAGCAGUAUGGGUUGCCAACCGAGAUAAUCCGAUUCUUAACAGUACUGGAGUUCUUAGAAUUGAUCAGUAUGGUAACUUGAAGAUUUCACAGAAGAUGGUAGAUGAUAUUGUACUGUAUUCUGUUAUAAAAGCAAUCAAUACUAGUGCUGUUCUACUUGACAGUGGCAAUUUUGUGCUUAGUGAGUUGAACCCUGAUGGAUCUAUAAAGCAGGAGUUGUGGCAAAGCUUUGAUUAUCCAACUGACACACUUUUGCCAGAAAUGAAGUUGGGAUUUAAUAGCAAAACUGGUCUCAAUUGGACUCUCAAAUCAUGGAGAACUGGAGAUUUGCCGAGCAUAGGGUCUUUUACACUUGGUUUGGACCCGAGUGGUGUCAAACAAAUGGUCAUUUCUUGGAGAGGAAAUCUGUACUGGACUAGUGGAUCUUGGCACACUUGGUGCUUCAGCCUUACAGAUGAGUUUUGUAGUAACUAUAAGUUCAACUUUAGCUACAUAUCAAAUGAGAAUGAAACAUACUUGAGUUAUUCAGUAGAUAAAGGUACCACUAUUUUUCCAAGGCUCUUGUUAAGUGAAGAAGGUGAACUCAGAGGUUUCGGGACGGAUGCCAUGUUUACAGGAGUUUCAUGCACUUCUUCCACCAACUCUACCUUGAAAAGAGGGUGUGUUGAGCAGAGGCUACCAGACUGCAGGAAAUCUAACAACAAAUUCGUGUCAAAACUUGGUGUCAUGUCUAGCAGUGGAAUCAAGAUCCCUGAGAAUGAGAACUUGACUCUGAUUGAUUGUUGGGAUGUUUGCUUCAAAAUGUGUUCUUGUCUUGCUUACGCUUCUGCAAAUGAUGAUGGCACCGGCUGCGAGAUUUGGAAGAAAGGGGCAAGCUUCACACAAUACAAUUUGGGUGGUUUGAGAGAGAUAUACAUCCUGAAAUCCAAAGGCAACAAGUGGUGGAUAUGGCUGCUGAUUUUGGUGGGUGGAACUGCACUUCUUCCUCUCCUAUGCUCUUCCUGCUAUGUACUAUGGAAAAAAUCAAAAUCAAGAGGUAAUCACUCACAAAGAAUGGAAUACAAUAUGCUCUUAUAUGAACUUGGUGAAGGGAGAAAACACCAGAAAGAUGGAAACAUAAACAAUGAGUUGCAGUUAUUCAGUUUUGAUACCAUUGCUACUGCUACCAACUGUUUCUCAUCAACAAACAAGCUAGGAGAAGGUGGAUUUGGAUCAGUUUAUAAGGGAAAGCUACUUGAUGGGAGAGAAGUAGCAAUAAAGAGACUUUCAAGAAGCUCAGGACAAGGGCUGGUGGAGUUCAAAAAUGAAGCUUUGCUUGUUGCUAAACUCCAACACACUAAUUUGGUGAGGCUUUUAGGAUUCUGCAUUCAAGGAGACGAAAAAAUAUUGAUCUAUGAGUAUAUGCCAAACAAAAGCUUAGAUUUCUUCCUCUUCGAUGCUGAAAGAAAAAAUUUCUUAGAUUGGAAGAAACGCUUCAGCAUCAUAGAGGGGAUUGCUCAAGGACUAAUCUAUCUUCAUAAAUACUCAAGACUAAAAGUGAUUCACAGGGAUUUAAAAGCCAGCAACAUUUUACUCGACAAGAAUCUAAAUCCUAAAAUAUCAGAUUUUGGCAUGGCUAGGAUAUGUGGGUUGCAUGAGUCAGAAGAAAACACAAAUAGAGUUGUUGGAACAUAUGGUUAUAUGUCUCCGGAGUAUGCCAUGAAAGGUAUUGUUUCCAUAAAAACUGAUGUUUUCAGCUUUGGAGUCCUUCUACUGGAAAUUGUAAGUGGAAAGAAGAAUAAUAGCAACUACCAUUCAAAGUCCCAACUCAACCUCAUUGGAUAUGCAUGGCAGCUUUGGAAUGAAGAUAGAGGAUUUGAGCUAGCAGACCCAGGAUUAGAUGAAUCGUGCCCCAUGACUGAAGUUCGAAGAUGCAUUCAUGUGGGUCUUUUGUGUGUACAAGACCAUGCAGAAGACAGGCCAACAAUGCCAGAUGUUGUUUCCAUGCUUGCAAAUCAAAACAUUCUAUUACCUCCUCCUAAGCAACCAGCAUUUUUUAUAAAUAGAGCUGAGAAAGAGUUUAUAGAGACAUCUGGAAAAGAGUCCGGAAGUUUCUCCACAAAUGAUGUAACUAUAUCAGAAAUGGAAGCACGAUGAAUGCAGUUGUAAGUUGUAACUACUAAUUACUGUACUAUAUAUGAAUCCAUGUUACAGAGAUGAUUGUUAAAUGGUGAAAUGUGAAUGAGCAACAAUUGAUAGACAGAUUAGGGGUUAAAAUUUUUGUCAAGGUCAUCAUAUAACUAAUAAAGGUACUGAAGAAA